UUUAAAAAAUGUGCUCAGGAAUGCGUUGUCAGUGUAUAUAAACACUGAUCCUCCACAAUCACAAUCAGUGAAAACUGAAGCCUGGAGAACAUCAGCCAUCACUUUGAUACCUGAUCUGUGUCUGUUGGUUACCGUGCAACAACCAAAACAGCCAGAAUGCAUUAUUACGUUGUCCUCUUCGCUCUGCUCUCAGCCUGCGUGUUGGCCGAUGUCCAGCCUCAGUACUACUCCUUCUCCCCGACCGUGGGCUCAGGAAGUGGCACAGAGUACAGCCUGACGGGACAUGGAAGGAUCACAGCUCUCAGAGUGUGGGACCAGAAUGGCAACUACAUCCGUGGCUUCCAGUUCCGAUACGGCUCCAUCUGGUCCCAAAUUGUCGGUUUCAAAAGCGGGGAUGUCCAGGAGAUGGAGCUGUUUGAGGGUGAAGCCUUCAUCCAGAUCUCCGGAAAGCAUAGCCACUACGUUCAGUCUGUGGUGUUCACGACCAACAGGGGCCGCUCGCUGAGCGCGGGUCAGCCAUCAGGGAGAUCCUUCAACAUGUAUCCCGAGAACAGCAUGGCCGAGCUGCGCUUCCUCAGCGGGCGCUACCACGGAGGCAUCACAGCCAUGGGAGCUCACUGGGCCGUCGUUUAUGAUCCCUAUAACAGCACAGCUCUGGUCUGAGGAGGAUGGCAAAGGUUUCACCUGUUGCCGUGCAAUUAUAUGAAAUCAUUUUGAUAAUCUUCUGUGGUGUAUUUUGACCGAACAUAAUAAUUGCUUUAAACAUUUGUUUCUUUGUUAAACUAUUGUUCUUUGUUCAAAGCUUCAACUUAUGAGUAAAAAAACGCAUCAGAGUACCAGACGUUUUUCAAACUUCAGCAAACUUAAGCCUACUUAUUUAAAAACAAAAAAAACAACAAGUGAAGUAACAGAGGGCAUUAACGUGUUUCUUAUACUGUAUUAGAACCUGAACUGACCCUAGAUCAGUGCACGAUAUUGAUUAUCAUAUGAAGAAUUUAACCUCGUUUUUUUUCCUUCCAUUUAAGUUUAUAUUUUUUCAAAUCCAUUUCCUGUACUUGUUCUAAACAUGAAGCAGCUAAGCUGUUGAAUAAAAAUGCAUCUUUAGCACUUUAAACUGC